CUCUCUCCAGAGCUUCCAUUGACUCCACUAAAACCGCUUGUUUUUUCUCUUCCUUCUCCCUUCCCUCUCUCUUCCACGAAACCACGCCAGAAACCACCUCCGUACGCCUUCAAAUCCGCCCACCUUCCUCAUCUGGUUUUCCUUUAUGUAGAAGAGAAACUCAUCACUGCUUAUCAGUCAUCACUAUUGGCUUCGACCAUCCUUUUGGGAUUUUGUCUCCAUAAUCUCCAGAAAUGGAUAAGCUGAGUGUUCAUCAGAGAAAGGGCGCUAAACAAGCCAAGUCAAAGAACAAACCAAUCAAAGUCGUUUACAUCUCAAACCCCAUGAAGGUGAAGACCAGUGCUUCACAGUUCAGGGCUCUAGUGCAAGAGCUAACCGGCCGAGACUCAGACGAGACGGACGCCACUAGAUUCUCCGAUUUCGACAGUGUCGAUGGCGUUCAGGUAGUUCCAGAUCAAGUUGCUAAGGUCACGUAUGAUGAUUCCCCCGAAAUCCCUAGGGUUGAUACCUAUCAAGAGUCGCCGGCGAGCUCGGAUUCUAAUUUGUUCGAGCCUUUCAACGAUGUCUUCACCCCUCAGAUGCUAGAGAGCUUUGCAGGUUUCUUUCCCUCUAGUUUGACCACUGAAUCCCUUCAGGUAGAUAUCUUCAGAAAUCCUGAUGAAGUAGUGUAAAUUGCUUCAAGGAUCCUUUAGUUGUGGAUUCAUGUCUGUUUUUGCUCAAGAGUGACCUGUUGUCAACCAUAUUUCUGUUUCAUAUGUAUAUCAUACUUGUCCUUUGAAGAUCCAUGAGUUGAAUGGAUUCUAAUUAACGGAAUUUGUCUAAUUAACAA